AUGGAGUGCGGUGUUAAUGUAUCUCUGAGAUUUGUUUAUUUGGCCGUAGGAUGUGGUGUGGCAGCAUUUUUACAGGUGAGUUGUUGGAUGGUCACCGGAGAAAGACAAGCGGCGAGAAUUAGAGGAUUGUAUUUGAAAACAAUACUAAGACAAGAUGUUGCAUUCUUUGAUAAAGAAACAAACACAGGAGAAGUUGUAGGAAGAAUGUCUGGUGAUACUGUUCUAAUUCAAGAUGCCAUGGGUGAGAAGGUUGGGAAAUUUCUGCAGCUGAUAGCAACAUUCAUUGGUGGUUUUGCAAUAGCAUUUACCAAAGGGUGGCUUCUUACUCUUGUUAUGAUGUCGACUCUUCCGCUUCUCGCUGUGUCAGGUGCUGCCAUGGCUGUUAUCAUAGGCAAGAUGGCUUCUAAAGGUCAAACCGCUUAUGCGAAAGCUGCACAUGUUGUUGAACAAACAAUUGGCUCAAUAAGAACUGUUGCAUCCUUUACUGGUGAAAAGCAAGUAGUGUCUAGUUAUAAAGUAUUUCUUGUAGAUGCUUACAAAUCAGGUGUUUUUGAAGGUACUAUAGCUGGAGUAGGCCUAGGCACAGUUAUGUUUGUUAUUUUCUGUGGUUAUGCUUUAGCGGUAUGGUUUGGCGCAAAGAUGAUAAUCGAAAAAGGAUAUAAUGGCGGCACCGUGAUUAAUGUGAUUAUCGCCGUGUUAACUGCUUCCAUGUCUCUAGGUCAGGCAUCACCAAGUCUGAGUGCUUUUGCGGCGGGUCAGGCGACGACUUACAAAAUGUUUGAGACAAUUAAGAGGAAACCAGAGAUAGAUACUUAUGAUCCAAAUGGAAAAACAUUGGAAGACAUUCAAGGUCAAGUUGAGUUAAAGGAAGUUUAUUUUAGUUAUCCUGCAAGACCCGAAGAGCUGAUAUUCAAUGGAUUCUCUCUUCAUAUACCGAGUGGUACAACUGCGGCGUUAGUUGGACAAAGUGGAAGUGGAAAGUCCACAGUUAUCAGUUUGGUAGAAAGAUUCUAUGAUCCACAGGCAGGUGAAGUUCUUAUUGAUGGGAUUAACUUGAAAGAGUUUCAGCUCAGAUGGAUCAGAGGGAAAAUCGGUCUUGUCAGCCAGGAGCCAGUGUUGUUUUCUUCCAGCAUCAAGGAGAACAUUGCUUACGGUAAAGAUGGCGCGACAAUUGAAGAGAUAAGAUUUGCAUCUGAACUUGCAAAUGCUGCCAAAUUCAUUGAUAAAUUGCCACAGGGAUUGGAUACAAUGGUUGGUGACCAUGGAACUCAGCUAUCUGGUGGGCAGAAGCAGCGCAUUGCCAUCGCAAGGGCAAUCCUUAAGAAUCCAAGAAUUCUUCUUCUAGAUGAAGCUACAAGUGCACUUGAUGCAGAAUCUGAAAGAGUAGUUCAAGAGGCUCUAGAUAGGAUCAUGGUCAAUCGAACCACGGUUGUUGUUGCACAUCGCUUGAGUACAAUUAGAAAUGCUGACAUGAUUGCUGUGAUCCAUAGAGGGAAAAUGGUUGAGAAAGGUAUCAUAAAUAUUUAAUUCAUUCAUAGAGUA